ACCACGGUAUUUCAGGGACUCAUCUUCCCUUCAUGUAUUAUUGAGUUUACCUGAGCAAAUAUGCACACACACAUGAAGAAAUAUACCUACUUAUCCACACACAUAUAUACACAUAAAUAUGUGUGUGUCUGUGGAUAGACAUAUGAACAUGUAUACGCAUAUUUAUUUUUACGUAAGUAGUGAGAAAUUAAAUGUGGUUUAAGGAACUCAAGGCAGUCCAGGGCAAGAACCAAAACAGGACAUUUUCCCAUACUUUCUCUUUCUUGAGGUGAGAGGCCUAGACAUAUGAUGUGACAUUACAGUAUAUCCUAACAGAGGGUGAUCACAAGCUCCGUUUCUGUCUCACGGGCCAGGAAGCUCUGUAAGACUUGCCAGGCCCAAGGGAUUAAGCUGCAGUUACAACAGAUGCCUGGGCCUUGAUUGCCCUAGACACCGUCAAGGACAGGGACUGUCCAGAGAGCCCCAUUAGACUGUAACCCAGUCACCUGAAUUCACUUCUGUCAUCUCCCAGGAAACAUCAGAAAGAUCAAAGGAAAACACUGCACCAGGGUGCGAUAACCGCAGGUGCUUGCUUCAGCUCUGCAGCAAGGCUCUGCCUUGGCAACCUUCCCGUGUGUGGAGGAACAGUGAGAUCGGCUCCUAACCUUGGGCUGGCCCUGGGCCACAGGAAUGGCAUGCUUCGAAGGGGCUGAGGGAAUAGCAGGGGCUUCUGAAAAUAUUAACCCUUCUCUAUGGAGAACCAUGGCUGCCUUUGAAAGCCCUCCUUACAGACUUACACUUAGCACUGGGGUAGGAAGUGCGCGAGCGCAUGUGUGUGUCCGUGUGUGUAGCGUGUGUAGCAUAUGCAUGUAUCUGUGUGUGUGUGUGGCUGCGAAGGGCUCAGUGGGCAGCCCCAUGUCUGGGUCCCCCAGCCACACUCCCGCCAGCCCGCAGCCGAGCUGCCUGCUGUGCUUGGACACAGCUCCCCAAGCCCCCUCCUCACCUCCCUUCGCAUAUCCCAAGCUCACAGGCCUUUGGGGGGCAUUUUUCUUUGUCGUCUGUUUUCCUUUUUUUUUUUUCCUGUGCCUCCCUCCCCUCGCGUCCCCUCCUUCCCAGCCUUCUAAAUAGGAGAUGUUCUCAGGACAGCGCCCAGGAGACUGGCUGGAAUCAGUUUUGGAGGGUGAUGCACCGCGACAGCUAAAAGUUGGAUAGGGUUUCAGCAGCUCCUAUAUAUAAAGCAGUGGGGACUUAUGUCACUGCACUAAUUAAAUUCCAUCUGGGUUGCUCCUCGGGGUGUUUUUGUGCCUGCCACCCCACUGGAGCAGGCAGAGGGGCCGAGGGACAGCAUGAUGAUGGACCUUUUUGAAACCAGCUCCUAUUUCUUCUACUUGGACGGAGAGAAUGGGGCCCUGCAGCAGCUGGAGAUGGCAGAGGGCUCCCCGCUGUACCCGGGCAGCGACGGCACCUUGUCCCCGUGUCAGGACCAACUGCCGCCGGAGGCCGGCAGCGACAGCAGCGGCGAGGAGCACGUGUUGGCCCCGCCGGGCUUGCAGCCCCCGCACUGCCCCGGCCAGUGCCUCAUCUGGGCCUGUAAAACCUGCAAGAGAAAGUCGGCCCCCACUGACCGGCGGAAAGCGGCCACGCUGCGGGAGCGGAGGAGGCUGAAGAAGAUCAACGAAGCCUUCGAGGCUCUGAAAAGGCGGACUGUGGCUAACCCCAACCAGCGGCUGCCCAAGGUGGAGAUCCUGAGGAGCGCCAUCAGCUACAUCGAGAGGCUGCAGGACCUCCUGCACAGGCUGGAUCAGCAGGAGAAAAUGCAGGAGGUGGCGGCGGACCCCUUCAGCUUCAGCCCCAAGCAGGGAAACGUAAGCACGGCGGCCCGCUCCCUCCGGCACCCAGCUGCGGGCCGGCGCUCCCCUCCCUCCUUCCCCUCCUCCUCCCCCCGACAGAGGCUGACGGCGGCGGGGGCGGGGGGGGGAUGUGGGGGAUGCUGCGGGAACGUGUGCGCCCCGCCGCCGCCCGCCUCGCUAACGCACCGUCCCCUCUCCCCGCGCCCCGCCGCAGGUCCCCGGCUCCGACUUCCUGAGCACCUGCGGCUCCGACUGGCACAGCGCUUCCGAGCAUUCCCGCGCGCUGGGGGGCAGCCCCAAAGCAGGGAGCUCCAUGGUGGAGUCGUCGGCCUCCAGCAGCCUGCGCUGCCUCUCCUCCAUCGUGGACAGCAUUUCCUCCGACGAGCCCAAGCUGCCCGGCGCUGAGGAGGCGGUGGAGAAAUGAGCGGUGCGGGUCGGGCC